AUGCAUAAAAAUUUAAGACAUUCAAUGGUAACAGAUGCAUUGAUGGAUCUUCACAAAUUAGCAGUUGAGCGAUCUCGAAGGCACACAGGGAAAAAGUGCUGUAUUUCAUUACUUGAAUGGUCGAAAUUCAAAAACGUCAGACGACAGACGACAGUCAUGCGUGGGCAGAUGUCAACACGUGAAACAGGUAUCUUUGAUUGGAUUUGUUGUUCUGCGAAGUUUCGCGAUGUCCUUUGUGUGUCAUCGUUGCUCAUUGUAUGGAAUUGA